UGCGCAUUGAGCAUGAAUAAACUAGCCUGUGCUCCACGGAUAUUCUGCCGCCAGCCUUUCCUUUCGGUUGUAGCCGCAAUCUUUUUAUGAGGGACCUGGUUAGCAGUAGGUUCUCGUACUGCGCAACAUUAUAUGAGAUGGGUGUUUACUAGAACCACUUCCUUGCCAUGUUCCGCACUGUAACAAUUUAGUGUGGCUUGUCUGUCGGUUCUCGAUGGUGGUUUGGACGGCUUGCGUCCGGGCCGCCAACGAGGCACGACGGACCCGGAAGAACGCCAGAGUCGAACGGCAGGUCGCCGCUGUUUGGAGCAUGUUAUCAGGGCAGCCGUGUUGUUUCACCAUGAGCGUUUGGCUCAAGGUGGCCACCUACCGUGCCAGUCUAGUCCUUCCUCCUUCCUCGUCCCAAAAAUGCUCCUUCCGCUGCUCUUUACUCCUUUCUCCACUUCCCCUCCGUCUCCUUCUCCCCCCUCUGCUCCCUGCUCCUGUCCGUUCUCUUCUCUCUCCUCCUGCUGGCCCCUCCUCCCUCCUCCUCUCAGCUCCUGCUUUCGCCUUCGUGGCUCAAGCGCUCGCGCCGUCCACGUCCCGCAGUGGUGCCGGGAGCGCCCGAGAUCUUUCGCCCCCAGCUGCGCGUGCGCCCGCAGGAGGCCAUGACGGGGAUGCUCCGCCGCGCGGCUGCCAGGUCGAGCCUGGCGGCUAUUCCGAGGCGCGGUGCCAUGACCGAGGGCGGCAUGAUCAAGCCCAUCGCCCCAAAUUUCCCCAAGACCAGUGAGAAGACCAUGGGUCCUCACGGCUGGUGCCGCGGCUCCUACACCUUCUGGAGCCUCCACAGCCCGAUCGUGGGCCCGCUGUACCGCCCGCCAUGGGUCGUCGGCGGCAUCCACAAUCCCACGCUGGACCCGAUCAAGCACUUCAACACCCAGCACCGCUUUCACACGCUCACCGCAUGGGAGUGGGUCAAGUGCUUCUUCUGGGCCUUGAUGCCGGCGCGGCCCUUUGUCUUGAUGCCGCUCACGCCGUUUUUGCUCAUCCUGUCCGUGGGCUGCUUGGAGCAGCGCCGUGAGCCCAUGGAGAUCUUCAUGGACCGCGAGAAGUACUGGGAGAACGUCGACGACUACAUGUACGGCGUGUACUUCGACCACCAUCACUUCUCCCACCAGCUCUGCCACCGCCGCGCGCACAAGUGGGGCUACGCCGGCCAGGACAUCACCCUGGAGGGCGGCCACCACUGAGCGGGGCGUCCUGCGGCAGACACGGGGCUUCUGCCCCGAGGUCUCGGAGGUAACGCCGAGGAGGGCCGCUAUCCUCUGACUGCUCUUUCUUCUCCUCUUACCGUCUCCUCUUACCUUCUCCCCUUUCUCUUCUUGCCUCCUCCUACUGCUCCUCCUCCCGUUCCACCUGGGUGAGGGGCCCAGACUCAGUGUGCGAAGAUGUGUGACAGCGAGAAUGCCCCGUGCUAAUAUCAUCGACAGAGUUUCGUGUGUAGAAAUUGGUCGUUGUGCGCAGCAGUCCAUCAGAGCAGAGCUCCGCUACACCUUGCAGCGUGACAUCCCCGUCGUGGGGAUCGGUGAGGAUGCUACCGAGGCUCUUGACAACUCAAGAUUAUGCCUCAAUCGUCUGUUGGGGAGCAGGGCCAGCGCCGGGUUCUGCCAGAACCCGUCUCCUUCGUGACGCGGACCAGAGACGUCCUCCCCUGCCGAGGAUCGCGUGCGCGAGUGAUG